UGCGUCAUUUCCUGACAGGGGACGGUCAGAAGCGAGAGAUCCGCCAGUUUUUGCUCAGUCGCUCUAGUAACGUUUGGGAAGCGGACUCUGAGCUGCAGGACACCGUCGCACUUCAAGCAAACGGAUAAUAAAAGCAAAAACCAACAAAGCUCUCUUGUUCCGUGCAGAUGUGCAUAGAUAGAUAUUUUUUGCGAGCUUGAAGUCGUUUGGAAGUAAAACGGUGACCACAGCGGGAUAUUGAACUCCUCGAGACGCGGGGCAGGAGCCCAAAAAUAAGUUUUCAUCCUUUUCUGUUUUCUUCAUCGAAGGAAUUGUUAUUCCUUUUUGCCGAAUUUGUUGGACUGAAUGCGUGUAAUUUUCAGUUCCGGUGUUUAUUCUGAACUGGAGUGGGGCUGUUGACGGCGAGGCGGACACCAGAGAAGCGGCAGCUCGGUAGCCACCUGACCUCCUGGAAAAUAAGACGGCAGCUGAUGACACGCAGGCAGAGAGCUUUACGUGGCACAUUAGUAAGCUCACUGACGGAGUGGGACGAGUUUUCCACGCGGCUGUUGCAUUCCCAGCCGUGACGCACCGUUUGCGCGUGAAGUUUGCGGAAUACUGUUAGCGAUAUCUAAUCAAUAUUAGCGAGAUAAUUUGGGUGAACGCUGACAUUGAGUUGGGCAUAAUUCUCUGAACUUCUUUCGUGUCUGCGAGAAUAACAGCCUGAAGUGGUUCAUCUGUCGGUACCGGAGACCAUGGGUAUAACCGCGCUGCAAGUGCUCCAGUGGUCGUGAUGCCAAGCGCCGGUCUGAUCCCGCGCGUCCACCCCGUUAUGUGCGCUCUCUAACCCCGCAGAAGUGUGGUGCCGUGUCCCGGUCACACCGCCAGGAUGAGCAGCACCGACCUGGAGCGCAUGUCGCUCAGCUCUUCGGCAAACUCUGUGGCGUCCAGCGCACGGACGCUGUCAGCUAACGUGAGGAAGCUGCACAACGCGCUCAAUCUCCUGCUCAACGAUUUCGAAAGGGAGCAGUUCAUCCACUGCCUGAAUGUCUACCACUCCAAACGCAACGUGUACGACCUGGUGCAGACCCUCAAUGUCAUCCUCAACGCUCCCAGCAAACGGCAACUUCUGCCCAUGCUUCGGCUGGUGAUCCCCCGCUCCGAUCAGCUCCUUUUCGAGCAGUACACCUCGGAGGGCCUUUACUUAAAGUCGGAUUUAGUUGCAAGCAACGGACACGCCGAGCCGUCCCCGGGCGAAUUCCUCAGCGCUAGCCCGACGCCCCCGGGGCAUUUCUCUCCAAACAACCCCCCCGAGUUUCAAGUGGCGCUGCGGGGCUCUCCGGACAGCUUCAGCACCAGUAGCGACGGGACAGCUCCCCUGGUACCUCUUCUCGGGAGGAACUUUAUCCACGAGCCGCCCGGUGAGCUGCGCCAGGUCACCAUGAAGCGGCACAAGAGCAACGAGGGCCUGGGCUUCAGCAUUCGCGGCGGUUCGGAGCACGGAGUCGGGAUCUACGUGUCCCUGGUGGAGCCCGGGAGCUUGGCGGAGAAAGAGGGUCUCCGGGUCGGUGACCAGAUCAUGAAAGUCAACGACAAAGUCUUCGAUAAAGUCACCCAUGCUGAAGCAGUGAAGGUGCUCAAGGGAAGUAAAAAGCUUUGCCUCUCAGUGCGUUCAGUCGGUCGCAUUCCAGGCGGCUAUGUCACCAACCACGUUUAUACCUGGGUUGACCCUCAGGGCCGAAGCGUGUCUCCUCCUCCUGACCUGCCUGAGCAUCGCAGCGCCACUCUGAGAAGAACUGACAGUCAGCGCCGAAGCAACAUGCAGCUACUGCAGGAAGGGGAUGAGAAGAAGGUCAACCUGGUUUUAGAUGAUGGCCGGUCUCUGGGUCUGAUGAUCCGAGGGGGAGCGGAAUACGCUUUGGGUAUUUACAUCACUGGAGUGGACCAAGGGUCAGCAGCAGAGUGUGGAGGACUGAAGGUUGGUGACCAGAUCUUGGAGGUGAAUGGCCGCAGUUUCCUGAGCAUCCCGCACGAUGAGGCCGUCAGAGUCCUGAAGUCAUCACGCCAUCUGAUGAUGACAGUGAAAGACGUAGGCCGCCUGCCGCACACCAGGACGGUGGUGGGUGAGACCAAGUGGAUCGCCAGCUCACAGAUUGCAGAGAGCUCUGCCAAUAGCAGCGUGGCAAGCUUUUCUGUGGAUCAAGGAGCUUCUGCAUCAGGAAAGUCUGGCUUUUAUAAGGGUGUGGCAGGCUCACAGGUAACCCUGUCCAGUCUAGUGAAUCAAUCCCGUGCCAUGCUGGAGGAGCAGGCACGCCACCUGCUGACAGAGGCGGAGCGACAGACCAUGGUCUACUACGUGGAGGAGUACCGGGACGGACACAUAGGAGUGGAGCAGCUGGUCAUGGCGCUGUUUGAGCUGCUGAACACGCACGCAAAGUUCUCCUUGCUGUCUGAAGUACGAGGCCUGGUUGCGCCACAGGACCUGGAGCGUUUUGAUGGGCUGGUCCUUCGACGGGAAAUUCAGGCCCUUAAAGCUCGACAGGGGGCAGCUGGCGCCUCAGCCCUGCAGCCAGACUCCCUGUCCAUGGUGUCAUAUCCAGACACUCUGACAUCAUCUUCAGCCAGCUUCAUGACCAACACCACCCUCAGCUCUGCACGGGAGAGGCUGCUGUGGCUGAUAGAUAUUAUGGAGAAUGACAGCGUUGUGGAGAGUAAUGAGGAGGAUCCCCCAGAGAGCCUGAACAUGCUGCUGACCGACAUCUCUCUGGAUGAUGUUCAGUCCGCCACAGCCGAGUCCCCUCCCUCCUUCAAGCCUCCGCCCCCACCAGGGGUGCAGAGGGGCCCAAGUAGAAGAGAUCCGCUCAACAAGUGCCCCUCUUCCGAAUCCUCACACUCAGGCUUGUACUUUACAGCCACAGCCUCUAAGAACCACGGCAACGAGCCAGGACACGCUCCUGCCUCACCCUCUUUACACCACAAACGAGAACGCCAGAGGGACCCGUCUCAAGAAUACGCAGCUAUCAGAAAGAGAGAGCCCUCUGCAUUGGCCAAGAAACAGAAAACAACAUCCGCUCAGUUGUCCACAGUCACUCAGCACAACAUUGGCCCUUUCCCCAGGGUGCAGUCGCCCAGCAGAGGCACUAAACCCGCUGCCCCGUCCCCUUCACCUCCGCCUCCUCCUCCACUCCCUGCCCCUCCUCCGCCCCCUUCUCUGUCCCUUAAGCCAGCGUCCAAGACCAAAUCCUCCCUCACCUCCUCUCCUGGGUCUAAACAGCAGUUUGUUACAGUGGAGGUUCACAGGCCCAACGCAGAACCUGAUGUCAAUGAGGUGCGGCCACUUCCCCAAGCUCGAGGUGGCACCCUGUCUCAGCUGUCAGACAGUGGCCAAACCCUCAGUGAGGACAGCGGGGUGGACAUAGCUGAGUCAGGACACGUCAGGAAAGAAAGUAGCUCCCAUUCCUCACGCACACACCUCCCCCGAGACACCCAGGAGGGAGGCGGGGGGGACAACCCCUCCAAACCGCCAGGGCUUUUGGAGCCUACCGCUACACUAGUGAGGGUGGCAAAGACUGCCAGCACCCUGGGUAUUGCCAUUGAAGGUGGAGCCAACACUCGCCAGCCGCUGCCACGAAUUGUGACAAUACAGGGCCAUCCAGGAGGAAGCAAUGAUGGAGAGAAAUGAUGGCAGCAGAUGACAGCACCAUUAAUCAGAAGUCGAGACUGAAAGGUGCUGGCCUUGGCUCCGACAUGAAACUCCAGAGCUCACGCGCUGACUUGCUGCUUAUGGUGUGGCUAUGCGCAACACUACGCCCCUCUCCUCUGCAAAUGUCAGACUCAUAUCGUUGCCAGCACCACCUGUUGACUUUAUUGAUAAUGUUUAUUUGUUUCAGUGAGUGUGCCUCUGGCUUUAUUAGCUGCACAAGUGGAUUUUGUUGGUGUUCACUUUCUCUUCCUGCUCUUCAGCUGCAUCUUUUUGUUUCCCAGUCAGCCCAGCUUUGUACCUGCUCCCUGCAUGUUAAUGAGAAGUGUUUGACCUGCUCUUUACACAGAAAGUGUGUUUAAUUUUUCAAUUAAGAUAACUGAACAAAACCUGUCAACCUGUGCGCUUUUAUUUUGAGGUGGGAGACAUUACUGGUUUACGUCAAUGGCAGGUAUAAGUGGGGACAGUUGCAACAGUCAAAACCCUCGAAGCAAAUUCUAAUUUAGACUCGUCUUGAUAAUCAGGUAGAUAGCAGGUACUCUCGAAAACAUAUCAAACUGAUCAGGAAAGUGCUGCUCAUAGGGGACUGAGCUACUGGUCGGGUUUUUUGCUCUAAUAUUUUAGGGUCUUUUUUUGAAUUAGCCAUAUAUAAAUAAAUUAAAAUUGAACCGAACUAAAAACUCUUUGGUUAACUUAAAAGUAUUUUUUAAUUAGUUUUAUGUUUUAAUAUUGUCCUCUAUAUGAAUUUAUCCAAUAUAACUUCUAUCUAUUGCCAUUUUACUGACUUCUAAGGAACACCGUUACUGUAGCUUGUGUCAGACUUGUUGUGCCCACUAGGGCCAAGUGUUUUGUUAUGGGUAAUAGGGUGGGAAUGGCUGGGAUCACUAUGCAGCUAUGUCCAAAUGCCACUACGUGUUUAUGUCAUUUCCUAUAAUGAACACAACAGGUAAAUAUACAUUCACAGGGCACUUUGUUAGGUACACCCAUCCAAGUGCUCCUAAACUCAAAUAGCUAACCAACCAAUCGCAUGGAAGUACCUCAGUGGAUUGAGUAGUAGUACCACACAUGUGGAAAUGGUCAAGAUGACCUGCUGAAGUUCAAACCAAUCCAGUGAAUAGCAGUUGGUGACAAUGUCAAGUUUUCAGAGGUCAGGGGUGAAUCGCUAAAAUGCUUUAAGCUCAUGGUAAGGCAAAAGUAACUUUAAAAAAACCACUUGUUACAAUCAAGGUAUGCAUAAGAGCAUCUCUGAAUGUGCAUCAUGUUGAACUUUGAAGAAAAUGAGCUCCAGCAGCAGAAGACCAUACCGAGUCCCACUCCCUUCAGCUAACAACAGGAAACUGAGGCUACAGUUCACAAGAUCUCACCAAACAAUAGAAGACUGAAAGACUUUCACCUGGUUCAUGGUUCUUGACUUCUGCUGUGACAUUCAGAUCAUAAUCUCAGAAUUUGGUGUAAACAACACAGAAGCAACCUGCCUCGCAUCAAUGAUUCAGGCUGGUGGUGGUGGCGUAAUCCAUGAAGGGUAUUUUCUUAGUACAUUUUGGGCCUUUUAAUACCAACCGAGCAUUUUUUAAACACCACUGGUCACCUGAAUAUUGUUGCUGACCGUUCACCCCUUAUGAUCACAGUGUACCCAUCUACUAAUGACAGUUCCCAGCAGGAUAAUAUACCAUCUCACAUACUGGGUUCUUGACCAUGACAGUGAGUUCAUUGUGCUCAGAUGACCUCUACACUCACAGAUCUCAGUCCUACAGAGCAAUCCUGUCGAUGUCCAGCCAACUAAUCUGCAGCAACUGUGUGAUGCUAUCAAAUCAAUAUGCCUGAGGAGUGCUACCAGCACCUGUUGGGAGUACAUUAUAACACAAAGAGAAGCUAAUGAUGAACAAAAUGAAACAAAAUGACUUGUUGCAUCUGUUGGGUUACGUGACAAAAUUGGCCCUUUUAGACUUUAAUGGGGGGUUUUUUUCCAAAAACACAGGUUUAUAAUUCACAUGCACUGCAGAUGUGAUAAAAUCUGUUGUGAAAGAACAACAAAGCAGAAAAAAGGAGCACAAAUCACACAUAUUUCCUUUUUUUUUCCACUCUCACUAAAUUAUAGAGACUGAAUAGAAUCUGCACACUGACUAUUCUACACGUAAAGAAGAGUUAAUAACUGCUAUUCAGUAAAUACGACCAAAGAUAAUAAUGCUGUAAUAUGACUGGAGGCCUACAGCUAAAUAAUGCUACAUAUUGAAAAAGAGUACAUGCUUUUGAAAUACUGUGAAAUGUGGUCUAUUUUGCAGCUUGUCCUUAAGGCUGGGGUUCACUGCAGCAUCUACAUUUUCUUGUUUAAACUAUUUCAAAUGAUCUUAAACAUUUUCUUCAUACAAUUUGCUCUGUGGCUGUUUCAUGAAGUUUUGGCUUGGUCCUUUAGUUUUGAUAAAAGGAAAGUUGUAGAGUGUCUAUAACUUUAAAGCAAGGGUUUUAAACUGGUAACUGACAAAAUUGGCUAAAGACCAUUUCCAGUUUAAUGUGAAAGAACCUCUCUGGGCUGCCUGAAGCCUUGGCCUGAACUCAGUCUGAAACAUGGAUGAAUGGAACAUUGACUCUGUGAAACAGGCCACAUCACUCAACAUGAGGGCCGGGCAACACUCGUGCUCGUGUUGCUUUGAGACAGCUUAGCAGGCCGCUUCUGCUUCGUUCUGCGUGCUCGAAAUAAAUGCUCAUGAUUUUCGAAAUGCUCAACACAACAAUUCCCUUGCUUUGGGUUAUUUGCUUUUGUGUGUCCAGUAGAUGUUGAGAAACUUAUUAAGUCUCCAUUGUUGAGUACACAAUCUGUGUGCAGCUCUGAGAGUUCAAGGACAGAAGCAGAAGAAAAAAAAUCAAUAUAAACUAGCCUUAAAAUUAUGUUUUUGUGGCGUCACAAAAUUGUUUUUCACAUUAACUCCGUUUAGCACCGUUCCCUUGACCCUCAAGUUAAGAGCCAAAUUUGCAUUUCUGAUCAUAUGCACACAAUCCUCCGAUUUACUACUGUUACUGUUUUUGUAACAGUAGUAUUACUGUUUUUGAUGGUCUUCCUUUCCAAAGCAAAGAUAUAAAAGCAGCAAGAACAUGCAGUUAUCUGUAAUACACAAGCCUCUCUCAAGUUCAACAAUACAUUCGUUUGAAUAUUAAUUUGAAAAAUCAUAAAGAGGUCACAAAGCCAGCAGCACUUGCAGCAAGUAAAACAACUUUAUUGUUGGACCAAAGCAUUUAUUGGCUUUGCUGAAGUCGCACUGGAAGCAGGUGAACCCCUUCUUCAGUUAAAAAAACCACGGCUUUUAUUUUGCUAUUGGAACAUCCUCUAUUAAAUUGUAUUUGUAAACUGCUCACCUUUUUAGUGUUGUGUGAAAGCAUGAGUAUCCUGUUCGAGCAAGUGCUGCACAAAUAGCAGAGCCCAUCCUCAGCAAGCCGCAAAUCCAAUUCUGUCUCCAGCUGAGACUCAUGAGAGCCUCGAUAGCUCUGUUUAAGCUACUGAUAAUAUAAAUCUGGUAAAUGAUGUUACAUCAUAGUUUUGUUUUUCUUUUUUCUUGUAGGGGCAAAAAUGUCAGGUAAAUAAAGUGACCAAUUUUUUAUACUAAAAAUAAAAAAUGCCAUGCACUCAUACUUCCCAGGGUUAUUGAGAUAUUUCCUGCUAUUUCAUUUGUCAUUGUAACAUCUGCAUAUUUCAAUGAUGAACUGUAAUCAGAACACAUCCCCUUGAGCAUUGUGAAACAGUAAUGGUAAUACAAAUUCCUAGAAGAUGACAGAUAUUCAGCUACAACAUGCCUGCUUCUAAGAAAGAUUAUGAUUGAAAGUCCUCAUGUCACCAGCUUGUGUGUCUGCCGUCAGAUCUCAAAAGACGAUUAUAAGGUAGUGACUUGGUUUUGUUUGGUAUAUUUAACUUUUUUGUUAUCUGAAAAAAAACCCUCUUAAAUGUAUUUUCCUGGAAACAGGAAACAUACAGGUAAUCUCUCCUGGCAAUUCUGUGCCAGGGACCACAUAAAGCUCUGCCAUUGUGCACCCUCUAUUAAAACCAGAAAGCAAUCUACCACAGUUUGUCUUUUGUUGCUGCUCCUUACCAAAGGGGAUUAUGGCUUUCCUUUUAAAAAUAAAAGGUUUGUAUUCAACAGAUAAUGUCAGAAGAUAUGAGAUGGCUGGUCAAUGUCAGUUUAAUGGACAAAUGUCUUUCUGUUUCUCUCGGUUUAGUCCCUCAGAUCCUACAGAGAAGUCACUCUUACACAUACAAACACCAUGGGGAGAAUUUUUAUGCAUGUUCUGAUAUACAGUACACUCUUUUGUCUUAUAUAUCCAGACACCUUAAAAUGACACCUUUGCGCUAUUUUUUUUUUUUUACUGCACUGAGUCUCUCCAAGGGUUCAGAAUAAGACUCAUACCACAGAAGUUUUUUUGUUUUGUUUUUUAUUUGCAUUCUCAAGAUGUUUCCAACUACUCAUUAGCACCGAAAUAUGUGAAUUAGUUUACAAAUACAGACUAGGUAAGGCAGAUGAAAAAUAUUAACUUCUACAGUACAUAUGUAUAGUACAGUAGAAGUCUUGUGCCACCCUUCAUUUUGCCAUAUUUAUUUAAAUAGGUGAAGGGAUUUAUUGAAACAUGUUACAACCAAAUAUAUGUUGCAUAGUUCCAGUUGACUUGGAAUGCAAUAUUUGAUAUUACUGCCAUUAAUCUUCAACACAGCCUGAAUUCUUAUGAGCAAGGUUUCUUGCCAUUUCUUUAGGUAGUCUUCGAGAAUAGCUCUCCAGGCUUUUUGAAGGACAUUCAAAGCUCUUCUUUGGAUGUUGGCUUCCUUUUCCUCAGCUCUCUGUCAAAAUGAUCACACAUUGCUUCAAUAAGAUUGAGGUCUGUGUUUCAGGAAGGCCAGUGCAUACCUGAUAAUGUUCUAUUUUGUGUUUCUCUAUCCAGAUAUGCAUUUGAAGUGUGUUUAAGGUCACUGUCAUGCUAAAAAAAACAACUGUUUCCAAUCAGAUGCUUUUCAGAUGGUAUUGCAUGGUGGAUCAAAAUCUGAUGGUACUUUUCUGCAUUCGUAAUUCAGUCAGUUCAGUUUUGAAAAGAUAAAAAAACACAGGCUAAAAACAAAGACCCAAACCAUAACAGAGCUUCCACCAUGUUUUAGAGAUGGCUGUACUGUUUGCCUAUUUCCUGAAAUCCUUUGUAUAUACAGAUGAUCAUUUGAGCAACAAUUUUUACAUUUUGAUUCAUUACUCCAUCAUAUCUGUUGUCACCAAUUUCCAGUCUAGUUCUUGUGUAAUUUAGCAUACCUCUGGCUUUACAGCCAUCCAUCCACUGAGGCCGUUUCUAAUGAGCCUUCAGCUAACAGUAGAUGGAUCAACUGAAAGGCUAGAUGCAUCUCACAGAUUCUGUCAGAUCCAUCUAUUCUCUGCUGCUCAUCCUUAUCAGGGUUGCAGGGGUAGCUCCCAUAGGACUGGUGCAGGGCACACCCUGGCCAGUUAUGGAUAUGCCAAGUUUUCAGCUAGUAGCUGUUUGGGAAUCACCUUGUUGAUGCAAAAAGUACUAUUUAAUGCAUCCCACACUGUGUCAUCUUUGGCAGUUUUCAUGAAUUGAGCUCAUGAAAUGGGAAAAAAGAUGUGUUUUUGUAACAAUCUGACAGUAAAAAAAAAAGUGCAUUCCCCUUUUUCUUUUGGGUGCUUGCUUUACUGGUCGCCACAGCAGAUCAUCUGCCUCCAUCUUCCCUAGUCCCAUUCUGUCACACCUCAUAUCCUCUUUCCCUACAUCCAUGUUUUUGUUUUUUGUUUCUUUCUUUCUUUCUUUCUUUCUUUUUACAUUUCCUUUCUUUCAUUCUGACUUUUUUUGUUACUAUGGUCUUCCUCUUUUCCUCCUUUCUGAUAGCUUCAUGCUCAAC